AUGACGUCAGCCGUUCUACCUUCAAUCGCAUCCGACCUGUUUUUGGUUAAUUAUCCCAUUGGCUCUGUGCGGCUCUAUCGCUACACCGACCUGAGCGAAGUUCUGCAGUGUGAAUGCAAAGCCACCCCUGAUGUGGAGCCCUGUGGACCCAACAGUGGCUGUAUCAACAGGGAACUCCUCUUCGAGUGUGUUCCCGGCGUCUGUGUACACGGCGAGAAGUGUCGAAAUCAGCGUUUUACGCGACGCGAAUAUCCACCACAACGCCCCUUCUGGACCGGGGAUGAACGUGGCUGGGGUCUAAAGACCCUCUGUCCGAUUGCAAAAGUAGGUGUUGCCUUAUUCUAUUUGACUGCCCGUCUCCUCUGUUCUCCAUACCGAGUGUUUUAA